AUGCCUGUUCCUUUUGAAGCGCUUAUCCCUUUAGGCAUAAUUAUCGGAAUGAUAGGAGUUACUGGUACCUUAUUGAAUUAUACAAAAAGGAUUCGACAUGAAGGCAAGCCUCCAAGGAUCUCUUUAGAUACUUGGGAUAAACAAAUGAUGGAGCGUGAUAGACGAUUGACUGGAAGUGCUCAUCGUCAAUCGUCUAAUCCAUUAGCUCCAAAAGAAUUUUCGACAAACAUAACUGCCGGUCCUGUUGGUAUCGGAGGUGAAGUUUCUGGUAGU